AUGGACGAGAUUCGCCCCUGCCGUGUCAAAGGCUUGACGAGUGAAAGGGGUCUCAAGCUGAACGGGAUGGCAGCUUCUGCUCUUUUCCUGGGUUUUGGCAAACAGUUGGAGCGGCGCGUGUCCGUGCAUGUCGAAGGACAGCCCAAGUCCCUCUCUCUCAAGUAUGGGAAACUGGAGUUUUUCCCCAACAACGACGGUAUUUUCGAUGGUGGCAUUGGAGUCGGUCGAGAAACCAUUCGCGAUACCAUAUUCAUGGCCACUGCCAUUGAUAACGUUGCACAAACCAUCAUUUCCAAAGAGCCCAUUUAA